CCUUCUCGCUAGGACAAGGCGGGAGGUAAGGAAGGGGCGAGGCGGCUGCUCUCGUUUCCCUCUCCGGCGCCAUUUUGUAGCGCAGCGAACCAGCAAAUAAAGAGCGGGCGGGAAGGGAGCGUGGUGCUGGCAGCGUCGGUGUCCUCCGGGCCCGAGGUAUCGGCGGCCUGAGUUAUUGAUGCGACAGGGAAACCCCCGUGUUGGAGGUAUUUGGUGCGCCCAGGAGACGACGACGCCUCGGCGUCGCCACAGGCGGGAGAGUUCACAAUGACUAAUGAAGAACCACUUCCGAAGAAGGUUCGCCUCAGUGAAACAGACUUCAAGGUUUUACCUAGAGAGGAGUUGCUCUUAAGGUGGAAGCAGUAUGAAGCAUAUUUGCAAGCUCUGGAGGGAAAAUACACAGACCUUAAUUCUAAUGAUGUAACUGGAUUAAGAGAGUCUGAAGAAAAGCUGAAACAGCAACAGCAAGAAUCUGCUAGAAGGGAAAAUAUCUUGGUGAUGCGGCUGGCAACUAAGGAGCAAGAGAUGCAAGAGUGUACUAAUCAGAUCCAGUACCUCAAGCAAGUCCAGCAGCCGAGUGUUGCUCAACUAAGAUCAACAAUGGUGGACCCAGCCAUCAACUUGUUUUUCCUAAAAAUGAAAGGUGAACUGGAACAGACUAAAGACAAACUGGAACAAGCCCAAAAUGAACUGAGUGCCUGGAAAUUUACACCUGAUAGCCAAACAGGCAAAAAGUUAAUGGCGAAGUGUCGAAUGCUUAUCCAGGAGAAUCAAGAGCUUGGAAGGCAGCUGUCCCAAGGACGUAUUGCCCAACUUGAGGCAGAGUUGGCUUUACAGAAGAAAUAUAGUGAGGAGCUUAAAAGCAGUCAGGAUGAACUGAAUGAUUUCAUCAUCCAGCUUGAUGAGGAAGUAGAAGGUAUGCAGAGUACCAUUCUAGUCCUACAGCAGCAACUGAAGGAGACUCGCCAGCAGUUGGUUCAGUAUCAGCAGCAGCAGUCGCAAACUUCAGCCCCAGGUACCAGCCGGACUCCAACUUCUGAAAAUACCGAGCAGGGAGAGGCUGUGAGCAAAGACUGCAGUCGUCUGGCCAAUGGACCAAGCAAUGGUAGCUCUUCCCAUCAGAGGACAGCUGGGCCUGGUUUUUAUAGAGAGGGUAGUGGAACAGAGGAUGACUUCCCACCCUCCCCAAACAAUGGUAAUAAGCUUUCCAACCACUCUGAAGAUAAAACUGGCAGAGGAUCUGGUAGCUAUAUAAAUCAACUCAGUACUGGGUACGAAAGUGUAGACUCUCCCACUGGUAGUGAAAAUUCUCUAACUCACCAUUCAAAUGACACAGACUCCAAUCACGAUCCUCAAGAGGAGAAAACAGUCAAUGUGAAAGGUAACAGAACUGCGGGGUCUCGUCAUGUUCAGAAUGGUUUGGACUCAAAUGUAAAUGUACAGGGUUCAGUUUUGUAACUUUUUUUCUGCUACAUUUUUAUAUAGUGUCAUUUAAAUUGGGGAGAAGAAACUGUCCAGAACUGUUCAAAUUAGUGCAUAUAUGUCACAAUUCUGCCUUUGUGGGUUUUUUGCUUCAAUACCUCUGCCACCUCUGAAAUUUUAACAAUUAAUUACGUUGAAUGUUGCUAAAAGGAUAUUUGUGUAGGCUCAAGGUAUUUUUGAGUUAAUGUGAAGUUGAAAAUGGAAUUUUAUUUCCAGGUAUAACACAAUGAUGUCUGUACAAAUCUGUGUAUAUCUAGAACUUGUGCUGUGUAAGGGCAUUCUUUACUCAUACUGUUAUAACACUCAAAAUUUGUCAUAAUAGCUGUGAGUUAAUGACUGCCAAGUUUGCCCAGUACAGUAGUUUUCUAACUAAAAUAAACUUGGUGAGGGAGUCCUGUAGUAGUUUGUGUUCCAGUUUUUCCACCAUGCAUCCGUGCGUUCUUUAGGUGAUCGAAUGUUUAAGAAUUUUGUGUGCAUAGUUACUCAGUUUAAGAACUGUUGUAUCCUGUUAAUGCAUAUUGCUCUGUGACUCCAAUAUUAUCUUACCUGUACUGACCAAACCUAAAUAAAGAUUUUUAAUAAUGUAA